UCGGGAUGCAAUCGAUAUAUUUCACCAAGUCUUGAAUUUGUACUAGUAUUUCCAACCCAUCGAUUUUAACACUAGGUGGAGGUUAUUUGAUAAAACUCGACGAUUUCGUGUACUCGUUCACUUUUACUCGACGCGCUUCCGCUUCUUGUCCAUGUCUCGUAUGGCUUUGGCCACAGAGUUGUACAGGUACUCGUCCGCUUUCUCCCCGCGCAGCUGGCCGACAUCUGGUCCGGCGAGGUUGCCGGUGGGAUUGUAGUUGAGCAGCAUGUCGAACGCGUUAUCGAAUACCGUGUCCAGCGUCUGCACGUCCAUGUGCUCGCCGAGCAGGUCCUCGGAUGCGACGAAGCCUUCCGACACGGCCAUCUGCACGAGGCGCUCCACGACCAGCCGCGCGUUGCCGAGGCGCGAGCCGGCGUCCUUCUUGCUGCUGCUGCCGUUAAAGUCCCAGUACGUGACCUGGCUCAGCGGACACACGUGGUUGUCGCGGUCGCCGUGGAACCACAGCCGCCAUACGUCUCGGCAGUUCAUCUUACGCGGCAUGUCCCAUCCCGCGGGGAGUUUGGGGGGCGCGUGGCGGGCGCGGCUGCCCUCGGUGAUGAAGAAGUGCUUGUAUACGUUCUGGAACGAAAACCGCGCGAGACGCUGGACGUUCACCAUGGGCUUCUCGCCAAUGCUGUGGUUCGUGGGGGGGUUGAUCAAAAUGUGAAAUGUGCGGUUGUACACGUCGUCGUACUCGGUGGGACCCAGCUGGCUGAUAUCGUCUUCGCUCUGGACAAACUCGUGGUCGAUUGCAAUCGUCGCCAUCGUGCGCAUGACGCGGCUGGCGCGGGACAGACACGAUUUGUCCUCUCGCUCCUUGAGGUCCUGCGAUGGAAGGAAGCGAAACGGACACACGCCGACGGUUGUGUCGCCGAAAUGCCACAAGUCCCACAUCGUCCGCAGAUUGGCCUUUUUCGGGAACGACCACGUCUCCGGCACGCGGCGAUGGGUCGUCCCGUCUGCCCAUUCAAAUAGUCGCGGCGGGAUACACGGAGGCGGGGCUCGUGCCUGUGGCGUAUUUUUGGGUAUGGCAGUGGCCGUCGAAGCGACAGGGCUCUUGGCUGGGACGAUAGCUGUGGAUGAUGGCGGCGUCGAAACAAGGUGGUCGCCGUUGACUGCCACGGGAGGGGCAGGUGGAAUGGCAGAAUCGAAAAGAGACACGGUAGGAGCAGACACGAACGUGGACACAGACGAUGGUGCGUCUACCGGUUGUGUACUCGCCAUGGAGGCAAACAUCGUGUCCGUGAACGCUUUCAAGGCUAGUUGGAGCGCGCGAGACAUGUCGGACCCUGGCGCUGGUGGUGCAAGACGGUCAUCGAGCCCAGUCCACAAACGGUGAGGAAGGAUCUCGAUCUGUCUCUCCAACGCAUCCAGGCGGCGAUGUAUCGACCCAAGCACCUGAUGUACAUGGCCGAGGCUCGCCGCGACAUCGUGAGUGGUGGCAGCCA